AUCGGACCCCUUUGUCGUCUGUGUCGCCUCCCCCUCGCCCGGGCUUGGGCGGAAUGGACCUGGGCUUGGGCCUCCGCCGUCGCCGCGACAUGUCGCCGCAGCGGCGGAACGGUGCUCCCGACCGUGACCACAUUGCCUCCGAUGAUCAAGGUCCUCCCUCUCCCUCUCCUGCACCGCCUUCCGCGAGGUCGCACCACCUCAGGUCGCUCGUGUCCCGCAUCCGGCGCUACUCCGGGCGUGUGCCUCCGACGGGGCCCGCCUUCCAGACGGCGCUCCCCGCCGUCGGCCAUCUCAGUCUGCACCAAGCCGACCACCCAGCCGACGCUCCGGCCGCGCCCACCGCCUCCGCCCUGGACUCCACCGCGCUGGACUCGCGUGCUCUUCCGACAUCACCCGCCGCUCCCUCCGCUGACCACCUUGGCCCCUCCGCCGACCACCAAGUCCGCACGCUGCCUCGCCUCCAGACCUCCGACUACGACAUCCGCGGUCCGGACGCGCCCGUCGUCCCCGCGCUGUACUCGGUCGGUCUUGUGAUGUCACCGGCGCCCUCCGCUGGGGACUCGAGGUCCUACGCCUACGCUGCCGACUACUCUCACCGCGGUGGUCUUGACUCGACGCCAACAUCGCCUACCGCCUCCCCCGAAGCGCUGAACAAGGCACGAUUUACUCGAGAUAAUGUGUUGUACGCAUUUUCGUUUCUGUGUCUUCACACGAUUCAUCGGAACAUGAAGGACAUUGAAGAUGCUUGGUACGCUGGAUUUAAGGAGUUCUUUAUUCUAAUGAUGGUGGUAUGCUUUGGAAUGAUAGGGGUCGGUGUCAUGGCAAACACUUCGACACCUAUGUCCGAAACCAACAACAUGAUCUCAGCCAUGCUCGUACAUCUUGGAUCUUGAGCUCUUGUCUCUUAUUGAUCACUUUAUCCUUCUUUGUCGGAGGACAUGGAUUCAUCUCUGGUAUCGUCGCUGCCUUCUUUAUCAUGAUUGUCAUGGCAUUUGCUUGGAAGUUCCGCGACCCUACAACCACCACCGUUGUGUCUACUUUGUUCACCUCUUGCUUGAGUAAGAUCAAGGCUGGUUGGUGCUAUCGG